GCAAUGGUGAUAGAAAUGUUUGGGCUAAUGGCGGACAUUGCGUUUACAAAAACGCGUUACACGUUUAAUUGCUUGUUUUACGUGUGUGUUUUUUUCUUUUCAUAGAUGAAGGAUUAACAAUCUUUGUUAUUAAUCAAGCGUAGUGUUCCGUAAAAAGUUUCAGAUUAUUUCCGGUGUUCCAUCUGUUGAUUUCUCGGACUAAGGAUUCAUUGAGCUUAUUGAGCCAGUUCCAAGAGUGUUGCAUCUUUUUAGUUAAAUGACUUUCUGUUUCAUUAUAACUCCAAGGAGUUGAAGCUGGAAGCCAACAUAAUGAGUUCGCCAAGUUCAAUUACAUCAACUGAAAACUCCAACAAGAAAGCUGAAGACUCUCAUCUUGCUUUAAAACAAGAACCCAGCAUAGUGACCGAUGAUGGAGUUAAAAACAAUUCAGCUGUUGCCAAAACAGAACAACCAGCUCAACCACCAGUUACAAAUGGUGCCUUAGCAGAAAGUGAAGUGAAGGUUGUGGGAAAUGGACUUGAAUCAUCAACAAAUGGACAAGAGGAGAAGCCUGUCAGUGAUGGGCCUCAUCGAGAAGUUCCAGCUCUCCUUCCACUCGGACCUAUCACUUCACCACCUUCCACUGUCCAACAGAGCACCAUACCCUCCCUGAGUCCUAAUCCACCUGCACGACAACCUUUGCCUCAGCUACUACCCAUGAAUGCUACUACAGCACCUGUUGUGGCCACCAAGAGUGCACCACCACCACCACCCCCUUCUAAUCCUGUUGCUAAAACUAGAGCAAGAACAUCUUUGUCUGUCUCUACUCCUGCAAGCUCAUCCAAAGAACAGUCACCUUCUGGGCCUUCAACAAGAAGUAAGAAGGAAGAUGAAGAACCUGUAGAGCAACCUGUUCCAGAAAAAGAAAUAAAGAAGAGAAAGAUUGUUUCCAAAAAGCGGCAUUCGGUUGCAUCAUCAGAUUCAACGGAAAAAGGCGAUAUUGACUCUGGUGGCGAUGGUGACGCUGGACGAAAGUCGAAGCGUGCUAGAACCCGAACGCAACCGUUUCAGAGCUCCGACAUGGACGUCAAUCUGCUUCGAGUUAUGAAAGCUUCAGCGGCCGCUCAAGCGGCAGCAGCGGCUCAGGUGGCUAAAGCCAAUGAAGAAAAGCUUGUUGUGUUUUUUAAAGGAGAAUUUCUAGCUGUUAGAAAUGCAGAAGGAGGUUUUUAUAUCUGCCAGGCUACACAAAACAUUUGUCGAGGCGGACACAAAAUCCGAAUUCGUUGGCUUUCCCAGGAAGAUACCAAAAAUAAGAAAAAAGCAAAAGCUUCCGGUUCUUCGGAAACGGUCAAGGAUGAAAGUGGAUUUGACAUUUACACUCCUGAUUUUUAUGACAAUACCGACUUCGAGUGCAUACUGACCAAUUUAGAACUCGAAAAAUUGGGUAGAGAUCGCUACGGUUUGCCAUUAGACGAACGUCAGCGGACGGAAAACAUUCUUCGUCGAGCCAUCGAAGUGGAACAAGGAGUGGUUGACAAGCUUGAAUUAACGGAGGAACAUCCUGACGGCCUUGAUGUUUCUCUGUUUCACGAUGAAUCUCAGCUGAAACGCAAAUGUGACGACUCGUCGUCGGAAAGUGAGUCGGAUUCCAAAGAAGAAGUUGCAACAACAUCUGGAAGCUCAGCCAAGUCUAGCCAAUCAACCGAACCUAGAACGUCCACCAGCGGGAUUGCUUCAACCUCAUCUGGAAGAGGAACUAAAAGAACCCGUGCAGCAGUUGUUGCCGCCACGCGACAAAAACUGCAACUGAUGCGAUAUCAGGAAGAUGAUGAUGACGAUGACGAAGAGGAAGAUUCAAGCGACGAUGACGAUAUCGAAGGUGACGACAGUAGCAGCGACAGUGAACAAGGAAAGCGAGGCCGACGAAGGCGAUCCCGUCCAGUGCCUGCACCAAAAGCGCGCGUCAGUGUGCGCUCCACACGAGGGAAAAAGCUUGUACCACCCAAAAAGGCUGCACCGAUUCCUAUGAUAAUGAAACGCACGAAGGCAUCGUUCAAAGAAGCCGUGGAAGUUACUAGUAAUCGGAAAAAAGUUGAACGUGUGACUGUGAGUCCGCCUUCACCUAUCGAAAAGGUCGUCACCGUCGACGUUGAAAUGGGUGACAAUGACGCAUCGCCUGUCGAAGAAGAGCCCAAAGAAAUCAAGCUGGAUGCCGUAAUGGCCGAAGAAACGGAAUCCGGCGAAGAGAAAGACGCAAAAAAGACCAAGAAAGCUGAAACCAAAUCAGCCGAUGCAAAGAGCGAAAUAGUUGUGACGGAGGUUAAGACUGAUUCGAAAAACAACGAUACGAACGAAGUGAAAGACGGUAAGAAAGAGGUACCAGCUAAAAGCGAAAAGGAUGCAGUAGGAAACGAGUCAUUAAAAGCUAAAACCGAAAAGGGAGCAGAAGAUGCGAAAGAGGACGUUAAAGUAGUUGAAACCAAGGAAUAACUAGGCAUACUAUUAUCCCCUUUUUUCUAAUUUAAGGUAAAAAUAAAGAGGGCAAAUGGGAGUUAAAACUUUUUGUUUUUCUGAUUUACCAAUUUCAGCGUUUUUCCCAGUGACUCUUUUGAGUAGUCUGGAAUGUUUCGAACUGAACUGAUUUCAAAUCCUGCAUUUGCUAUAUUUCGCACCGUUUGUGGCACGGGUUUUGGUAUUGCCUAUUCCAAAUGAUCGUGUCGAAAAUUGAAUGUUUCCCUUGAGGAGAAGCAAACAAACAAUGUGACCAGUUGAAUUUGCAUGGAAUUCUUAUUUUUUUAAAGAGGUUGUUGACAACUGGUAUUUCAUAUUGCCUUUGGUCGAUGGCAAAGGGUACAAAACUGGGCAAUCAGGGGAGCUAUUUUGCGACGUGAUUUGCUUUCUUCGCAGAACUAUUGGUCUAUUUCUUUCGAAUCAACCCGGAAACACAAAAGAAA